GAGCAUCGACUCUUUAGUUGAUUUGGAUAACUGCCUAUCAUUGACACCAGAUGGACACCUUGUUCUCUCGCUCAUCAAAGAAAGCUACCAGGAAUUAGGUUUGGAAGGAAAAGCUACUCUGUCGAAAGGCAAGGAUCAUCAAAGAUAUAUUCUUAUAUCUGCAACUCCCUGAACGAAACUUUUUCAUCAUGCCAAGAAAAAAGUCCCCAGGUUCUCUUCAGGACCUGGCUUUGAAAAGCAUUCGCCAUGUCGUUCUGACAGUGGGUCAACAGAUGAUACGUUCAAUUGCAGAUUCACCUGAAGGAAGACUGGAAUCUGAGACAGUUAUGUUGCAAAAUAGCAUUGAAAGACUUAAUGAAGCCUUAUUUGCCAAUGUGCCUUGGUACCUUUUUGACAGAAUGUCUCAAGUAGUUUUAGAGACUGUGCAUGAACUUAUUAUUGAAACAAGGGCUUAUUUUGACAAUUGCCUUCCCAUAUCAGUAUUUGUUGCUCGUAUGAACAUUGUUGUGAAAAUGACUCUUGUGGCAAUUCAUCCACAGUUGAAGAGCAUUGACUUCUCAGCUUGGCCUAAAGUAAUGCGCAAUAUUCUUUAUCAGAAUCUGUUCAAAAUGACUGGUCUAGAGAUCCUGAAUCUUGGGUCUGGUUCAGGUGGGUGGGAAACUUCUGACAUUGAAAAGUCAAUUCUUUCUGGUGUAAUCCAAAUGAAAUAUCUUGUCUCUCUGUGUCUGUGUUUUGACUGCACUGAUCACAUUCUCUCUGUGGUUGGACAAAAUUGUACUUUACUUCAAAAGCUGGAUGUGACUUCCUCUCGAUCUGUCACAGAUCGCAGUGUUUCCUCCUUGUUGAAUUGCUCAAAAUUGAAACAGCUAUUAUUGUACCGAACGUCUGUCUCCACUGAAGGUUAUGCAAUUUUACUCUCUGAUUUGCCUUAUCUGGAAGACCUUGGCCGUUGUGAUGAAUUUGGGUAUAUUCUUGAGCGUAUCCGAAUAAAUGGGAAGUUCCAAGGCCCAUUCAACCUUCGCUCUUUUCAAAGCAGAGAUGUGACUACAUCUCAUCUUCAUUUACUUGUUUCAAUGUGCCCACAAGUGACACAUGUAUCGAUAUUUCAUGAUGAAAGAAUUAGUGACCUAACUGUGUUGUCUAACCUUGAUCAACUGACUGAGCUGAAACUUUUGUCCUGCGAUUUCUUUUCUGACAAUAUCAAACCAUUGUUAGAAGCUAAAGGCUCUAAUUUAACUUGGUUGCACCUAGAGCAUGUAGAAGAAAUUGAUCUUAAUGCUUUAAUAUACAUAAGCCAAUAUUGCCCAUUACUGAAAAAGCUUGUGUUGUACAACUGUGAGUUCUUGGAUCACACUUCAAUUUCUUUGAGAACUCUUCAUAUCCCUCCUUUCAGGCAUCUGGAAAGAAUAACAUGCAUAGCAGAUUGUGCUCAAACUCAUUUAGAGUUCUUGUUAUCAAACUGCUUUAAUAUUCGUUUCAUUCAGCUAGGGUCUUCUACUGGAAUUGGUGAUGCCAUCAUGGCUAAAGUAUUAGCUGCAAACCCAAUGAAAAAAUUGGAAGAACUACGGAUUUUGUACAGUGAUGACUUAAGCAUGAGAACAGUGUCUCUUUUAAUGACUCAUUGUGAGAAUUUACGUGUAUUGUCAGAGCUUGAAAGUUGGGAAGGAAUAACCAAACGUGAGCUUGCUGCCUUUCGAUCUGAAAUUCAAGAAAAAAAUAUUGAUCUGGAUAUACGACCUACUCUUUCUUAUUAAUUUCAAAAUUAUGUUUGAAAUGUGAAGUGAUAACCCAGGAAGCUCAGUGAUGAAGAAAGUGUUCAAUGCAAGGGGACUUGCUUGGUGGCUCUUUCUGUAAGGAAAAACUGUUUCUUACUUUGGCUCCUACUGAAAUUUAAUACCAAUUUUGGAAAAUCUUGAAAAGCAAUGAAGAAAGGAAUGGAAAAACAUGACACCCUAUUAGCAGACUCUUUGAGGAAACGUGGUUUGAAGAAUAAAACCACCAAAAUUUGGAAUAGAAUCUUGAUUUUAUGUGUUAAUUUCUUUUAGCAACAUUUGCAGACUGAAAGACAGUUCCGCCCGCCUGUUGUCAGUUAUGAGGAUGACAAUAUUUCUUAUCUUUGACUAAAAAUUAAUCUGUGAUUAAUACUUUUUAAUCUAAUCUAUUCUGCUUGAUUUUCCUUGCUUGAAAUUGUUUGUUAUUUGUUGGGAAAAAAUGAAUGUUGUUUUCUGACAAGUUAAACAUUUGUGAUUGUGUCUGUGUUGUAAUAUUGAUUGUGAUAUUACCUUUAAGUGAGAGUAGUGAAGUGUUAUGUAUUGGUUGUUGUAUGUCUUGUAAGGUAUUACUUUGUAAUAUGAAAACUGAAGUGUUGUGGGUUGAUUCUUAAUGUAAUGAUGACACUGAAAAGAAUGGGCUAGAGACUCAGUAUUCCCUAACAUUGGUAUGUGAUAAAUGUAAAAAAUUGAAAUGUCACCUUAUUAGUGGAGCUUUUGUUUUAGACUGGUUUCUUGUUUUAUAGUCAUUAAUAGUUUCCUGUUCUAUCUAAUUGCAUUGUCAUGAUUUCUUGUGUGCUGUUCUGGUGUGGAAAUAUGAUGUGGCUUAAUUUAGAGCUUUAAUUUUUAAUGUGACUUUCGUUUUUCUCUUAAUAUGAAAUGAUACUACUUAAACGGAUAAAGCCUUUUCUUGCCCAUUCUUACUGCUUAGAGAGCAUUGAACAAUAGUUAUGCCCCAUAUAUUUGUUAUUUGUAUGAUUAUUAUUUUUUUUUGCAAAAAUAGCUAAAGAAAAACAAAACUCUUGAAUAUUUGGUGGUUAAUAAUAAUUCAUUGUGUACUUACAUUGCACUAUAGAUAUGUCUGUACUAAUGUGACAUAAAAAUGUAUGUCAAUUAUAA